AUGGGGGCAGUACAGAUCCCCGACGGUGGCACACGCGUAUACUACCAAGAAGACAGUGGCUCGAUUAUUGAAAUGGUCAUCACGAAUGCCUUCACCAUGUCCGGAGUAUACAAAGAGUCUACGGUCUUGGUUCCUGCUUCGCAGGUCAGGUCCAAUUCUCCUGUGGCGGUUUCUUUGGUAGCAGACGGAGACACCUUCCUUCAAGUCCACACGUUCUUCUUCUCUCCGGAGAAUGUACUCAGCCAGUACUACUGGGACAGUGUACUUGGUAUUCAGGGAGGCGCUAAUUGCCUUACCUGUGUAACAAGUGAAGGGUUCGUCGGUGUUGCAGGUAGUCAGAUGUUAUAUGCCAUAGCAAGCUCUGCUACUUCUCCGCCGACUUUACGAGUAGGGUUUGUGAGUGCAGGCUCCCCUAACACGAUCAGUGAGGCAGUUAACACCGGUGGUGCCUGGAGUGUGGCCUCUUUGUCAACCUGA